AUGGCUACGUGGGAAAGGUGCCACGGCUUGGAUGGAAGGUCUCAGCCUCAGGGCCACCUGGGAGCGAUUCAGGGCGAUUCUGGACACAUGGAGGUCGAUGGGCAGAGGUGGCUGAAAAGUCGGGAUGUCAUAUCUCCUGGCUUUGGUGGCCAAGGCCCUCAACGAUGGGUUCCUGAGGAAGAGCCCCUGAUCUGA